UGGUAUGAUCUACCUUUUUUUCCCCUCCCCCCCAGAUUUGGACUGAGCAACAAAUUUGAAGCAGAAUUCCCUUCUUCUUUAACUGGAAAGGUCGCACCUGAGGAAUUUAAAGCCAGCAUCAGCAGAGUUAACAGUUGUCUUAAGAAGAACCUUCCAGUUAAUGUUCGAUGGCUACUUUGUGGCUGCCUUUGUUGCUGCUGCACAUUAGGUUGUAGUAUGUGGCCAGUUAUUUGCCUCAGUAAAAGAACACGAAGAUCGAUUGAGAAGUUAUUAGAAUGGGAAAACAAUAGGUUAUACCACAAGCUGUGCUUGCAUUGGAGACUGAGCAAAAGGAAAUGUGAAACGAAUAACAUGAUGGAAUAUGUCAUUCUGAUAGAAUUUUUACCAAAGACACCGAUUUUUCGACCAGAUUAGCAUUUGCUUUAUUUAUAGAGACUUAUCCAAGUAUGUUGUCUUUCCAAUGGUGCCUUGCUUGGUGCUCUCCUGGUGGUGAUAUAGCAUUGGUUCUACAAAUUAUUGUGGUGUUUUUUGUUCUUUUUGUUUUUUAAUAACAGCAUGUUCUAAGUGCAUUUUGUCAAAAUUUGCAAAAGUCAUUUCAUGCAAAUGUUAAGUACUACUUAAGUUAUUACUUGUACUUAUUAUGUUUGUUAAUGUAUCUUGAUUUUCAGAGAGUCUUUUAUAUGUGUGUGUGUAUAUAUACAUAACAUAAAUAUACAGCUGAAAAUAGCCUACAAGCGAGCAGACUUUUUUUAACCCAUAAUACACAUAAUGAGUUGACUGUAAAUUGUGGAAGUUCUUUUAAUCUUUAACCUGUAUACCUAGGUAACUUCUAUGACCCUCUCCAGAUUUUGCCUGUGACAUUCUAGUUGUAUAUUUUUAUUUUCCCUUUUUUUGCGGUGGGUGGGGGAACGAAGGGAAUAUCAGCCAGCCACCUCUACUGGGAUAAUGAGCUAUGCUUGUUUGAAACUGUCCAUUUUGGAACCCAAAUGUCAAUGCACCAUUAGAAGUCUCUGUGCUCUUUUGUGAAGAAAUCUAUCAGCUGGUUCUGAAGAAAUUCUACCUUAAAGGUUAAUAAACCAGAAUUCAAAGUAUUUUACUUAGACUAGAAAUAUCAUGGAAAGGUUUGCAUGCAUCUAAUGAUUACUAGAGCUCAGGAUCACAAAAAUACAUUAGUAUUGCAACUUAUAAUGUAUAUAUCUUAAUUCAGGUUAAUGCCAUGUAACAGCUUUACUCUUUACUUCUUAUUGUUUACCAGAUCUUGUACGCAAGGGUGCAAAAAUAUUUGUUUCAGUAAAUGUAUUGUCCCAAGAAAAUCUUUUUUGGGUUUUUUAGGGUUUUUUUAAAAUGCAUUUAUAACCUCACACAGGCAGUUGUUUCAGAGAAACCUUGAAAAAUACAGUUCCAGACACAAAUGCAGACGGAUGCCAUGUAUCACAAAAUUAGUCAAAGCAGGGUACACUGGACAAUAGUGAGAACUUAAGAAAUGUAUUGGAUAAAUAUUUAUUGCACCCUGAUUUCUUCCCAUUUAGGUUUACAAGGUUUAUUUUCUGCACCAAUAUGAUUUUAAAAAAACCUGGAUAUGUGAUGUAUGCUUGGGUCAGGCCAGUUCUAUUUCAUUCUGUUACUUAUCUCACUUGGUUGUACAUAUAUUCAUAUAUGUUUGUUUUUAAUAGCUACUCAGUAAUCUUAUUUUUUAGUUUGUUCUUUUUAUGUCUGGAAUUACCAUACAUGAACAUUAAUGUAUGCUAAGAAACUGUUCCUCAUACAUCUGUGGUAGCAAGCAAUAAUGUGAAUUACUAUGACAAACAAAUAUACUCUGCAUAAUAUUCGUAUGAAUGAAAAGUUGAUAUCACUACAUGAAUACUUUUCUCUUUUUACUCUUUUAAAUACAUGUUUCAUUUCUCAUUAAUAUAUACAAGUACCUGGAUGUUAUGAACUAUUUUUGUAUACUUCAAAAUAGUUAUUCUCUAUAAAUCUUCACUAGCGAAUGUCGUAUUCAUUGUUUGAUAUUGGGAGCUGUCUAGAAAGGUCAAGGGUUUUCUCUGAAUUAUCUUAAUCUGUGUUCUCUAUAUAUGCCCCAGACUAGAGAUCUUCCAUUACUCAGCUUUUAUCUAUUGAAGAAAGGAGCUCUUGUGUUUUCUGUGUAAGCUGCAGGUAUGCUUUACUGUUAUCAAAGUUCUCAAUGGACUGUAUAAAAU